AUGUCUACAAACGGUCCGUCGAAAGAACUUGACCCGAACCAGGGUGGCGAUGCGAGCAAGAAGACAUACCACAAGAAGGCGACCGGAGAGGCGCUGCAGACUGCAGUUUCUCAUGCCGCUAGCAAAGACCUCAAACUCUAUGGUUCAUGCUUUUGCCCUUUUGUCCAGCGGGUUUGGAUAUCGCUUGAGCUCAAAGGUCUUGAUUACGAGUAUGUGGAGGUUGACGUCUACCGGAAGCCAAAGCUUCUGCUUGACAUUAACCCCAGAGGACUCGUUCCGGCUUUGAGACAUGGCGCAUGGGGAUGUUAUGAGAGCACAGUGUUGAUGGAGUACCUCGAAGAUUUGCACGAAGGCCGAGCACUUUUGCCUGAGGAUCCCAAAUCGCGAGCCUCCGCUCGCCUUUGGUCUGACCACAUCAACCGACACAUUAUUCCUCUGUUUUACAAGUACCUUCAAGCCCAAGAGCCAGAUGAUCAAGUCAAAUUUGCAGGAGACCUCAAAGGUCAGAUAGCCAAGAUCGUAGAGGUGGCUGACCAGGACGGACCAUUUUUCUUCGGAUCAGAGAUGGGCUUUGUUGAUGUACAGUUUGCGCCUUGGAUUGUCAGACUCGAGAAAGUGCUAAAACCGUACCGAGGCUGGCCAGAUGCCGAGCCUGGUUCGCGGUGGGAUAGAUGGGUGCGUUCUGUAGUUGAAGCAGAGCCGGUCAGGAAGACUACAAGCACGGACGAAUUAUACCUGGAUAGCUACGAGAGAUACGCUGAGAAUCGACCGAACACAUCCCAGGUGAGAGAUGCCAUCAACUCUGGUGGUGGUUUGCCUUGAACGUCGUUUCUCUCCUUGCAUUCUGAAGCGAUGUCAUGAUUUCUGAGACUUAGACCAACGACAGACGAUGAAAACAGAUCCACGGGCGUUUCCCCUUUCGUUCAACCUCUGCUAAGUGCUCGCGCAAGUUAUGCCAGCCUCGCGCGUUGUCAACGAGGUCAUGCUAAGUCGCAGCUUCCACGACAGAGUGCCUCUCGCACGCACAAUAGAGCACAGAGCAACAAGCAUCGCCAGUUGCAACGCACUUCAUCCUUGGAUCUCUCGCACACAUCCGACACAGAAGCAAGCUGGCUGCCAUCGACGAUGAGCGGUGCCGCUUGACUUUAUCAUCAUGGUCUCAUUCAGGUUUCGCAAACUUCAAAACACAAGAGAACCGGAUCUGUGCACAUCUGGAACUCUGGCAGCCAAACGAGACCCUAUAACAACCACGAGGGCCAGGGGAAGCUUCGAAGUCUACCGCCUUGACGAGCUGCUAUAGAGGUGCUU